UCUUACAGGCCGCUAGCCCCGACCUUGCCCGAGUCUGCGCAACCUCUGAGCCGUACCGCAGGGCCAAGCGCGGCCAACCGGGCUGCCCGCGUCGCUGCGGCCCACCGGGCAGCCGUCUGCCACUGUGCGGCGGGCCAAUUUUCCAAUGGGCAGCAGCAUGGGGAGCUGCUGAGGCCAUGAGUAGAGUCGACGGCGUGGGGGCGACGCGAUGAUUCGUGCAACUCUCCUCCACAUGCUGCUACCCAUGGCGGUGAGCGCCGUCGCACCGCAGCAGCCGGCCGAACAGCCGCAGGUCGCCCGGGGCCGCUGCCCGCGCCGGGGGCCGAAGCCUUGCGUUUUCUGGAUGCACAUCCAAAAAACGGGCACGGCAUUUGGCACCACGCUGGCGGCCGCGGCCUGCCCCGAGCAGCCCAAGCGAAGAAACGUAAGGAAAUGGUCAGACGCAUGCAGCUACGCGCUCGGAGCCGGCUCGCACACGCACAGCCCGUAUAUCAGGGCGAGGCACGGCGUCGGCACCGCGGUCACUUUAAUAAGAUCGCCGCGGGCGCGGCUCGCGAGCGCGUGGUUCUUCGGGUUGCGGGAGGUGGGCCAUCCCAUGCUGCCCCUCGGCCACCCGGAAAAGAACCGGUCGGGCUGGGCCGCGCGGCGGCGCCUGAGGCGGGCGAUGCCGACGAUUCAGGCCUACGCGCGCUACCCGGGCAUCGCGCACUGCCAGACAAAAAUGGUUCUUGGGAUACACUGCGGGGAGGCGGUGGACGUGACGCCGGAUAUGAGUAGGGAGGCGAUCCGCCGUUUAGAGGAGGACUUUCGCUUCGUCGGCGUCCAGGACCACUGGAGCGCGAGCGUGCAGCUCGCGUUGGCGGAGUUCAACGCGACGAGCUCUGCCGAGCUGGUCAAGAGCGCGCAGGCGCGGCACCAGUACACGAAACGCGAGCGCGCCGCGGCGAUGGCGAACCUGACGGCCUACGAGGACGUCUACGACGAGGCGCUCUACGACGCGGCGGCGGCGCUGCUGCGCGAGCGGUGCGCGGCGCGGGGGAUUCUUGUGGAGGCGAACGCGCACGAGGGCUUCGUGUCCAAGCCGAUCCUGCCCAAGGGAUAGACGUGUAAUUUUUACGGUGCUG